AUGUAUGGAAAGAGGCCCGCGGCGCAUUCCCCCGGCACGCUGCUCAAACCGGAUGUCGGCGACGCUGGCGAAGUGGCCACCGCGGACUCGGAGAAACAGGCCAAGUCCGUGACCAAGCUCCAGAAGGAGGCCGAGCUGGAGGACUUGAACGUGGACGACGCCUGGCUAUCAGCCCCGCCCCCCGACGCGUACGACAUGCCGCUGGCCGGCGUCCGCGCCAACAAGACCAAGCCGCACCACCGGCGCACGGCCAGCCGCGUCCUGGACGACCUGCCGAUCAUGAAUCCCCUGUUCGAAACGGCGGAGGAGGGCGAUCGGGGGGUCAGCUGCCCGCGGCUGGGCGCCAUCAACUGGUUCGAGGAGGGCGGCGUGGACGUCGGCGAGGCGGACUACUGGGAGGAGAUCGUCGAUGAAGGGCCCAAAGGGGGGAUGCGGGGGCCGGCAUUCGGAGGGGGGGUUGAAAAAGCUAAGAGGGUCGGGGGGAUCCAAGGUGGCGGUUGGGGGAAGAGAGGCGUGUCGGGUGGCGGCGGGCACCAUGGGAGGGGCAGGGACGGACGCGGAGGGAUCUUUCCGGUGAACGGUGUGGUGGAGAGGGGCCAGAGGGCGGCUCCCGCGGCGAUGCGGGAGCGGCGGUCGAAGGCAGCGCCGUCGUUCCCCUGGCGCAUGUUCUUCUACCUGGCCGCCCUCCUGGCGUGCAGCGUGGCUGUGGAGGUCGUAACGGACCGUGGGCACAGGGCCAUGGCGUGUGGCGCCUGCGUGGCUGACACGCGCGACCUGGCGCGGCGCCUGGAGCAGUCCCGGGUGGAGAUGCUCGACCGCGUGGGGUCCAUGGGGAUGCUGCUGUCCAACCAGGCCCUCGAGAACCAUCGUCUGAAGGAGGAGCUGGUUGAGGCGCAGCGGUUCACGAAGUACGUGCAGCAGGGGGGGAGGAUCAACGUCGAGAGAGAGGAGCAGGGCACAGAAUGUGCAGUAGAGGAAGACGCUGGCAGCCUUUCUCCAAGCCCUUUGGAGAAGUUUGAGGCUGAUGUGCACAGAGCUGUUUGGAGAUUUCGGUACCACGUGGCCAGGUUGGUAGGGUUCUUCAGGAAGCGGCUUCCAGUGGGCACUGUCAUGUACGAGAGGCUGAGAUGGCUGGAGGACGUGGUGGUAGGGCCUAUUGAAUAA